CUAAUAUGGAGCGUUUGACCUUCUAAUCUGUAAUAGCUGAAUCUUCUGAUAUCAGGAUUAGGAAAGAGUGCCUUCAGAACCACCAUGUAGCAAAUGGGGAUCGCAGCUCGGACGCUCCUCCCUUGCUUCAACGCUCACACGUUGGCAGGAUCCUUGUAGCCCCGGCAGCGAAUCGCCAGCGUCGGAGACGGAUUUCAUGUGGUGCUUGCUGAACACUGAGUCACCAUGAGUAGUAAUCUAGGAAAAGAAAAAGACUGUAAGGAGAAGGAUCCCAAAGUCCCGUCAUCGAAAGAAAGGGAGAAGGAGGCCAAGGCCUCUGGAGGAUUUGGGAAAGAGGGCAAAGAAAAGGAGCCUAAGACCAAAGGGAAAGAUGCCAAAGAUGGAAAGAAGGACUCCAGUAGCACGCAGCCUGGGGUGGCCUUUUCAGUGGACAAUACGAUAAAACGACCUAACCCAGCCACAGGUACCCGCAAAAAAUCCAGCAAUGCUGAAGUGAUCAAAGAGCUAAACAAAUGCCGGGAGGAGAAUUCCAUGCGCUUGGACUUGUCCAAGAGGUCGAUACACAUGCUUCCGUCGGCCAUCAAGGAGUUAACGCAAUUAACGGAACUUUAUUUAUACAGUAACAAACUGCAGUCCCUCCCGGCAGAGGUGGGCUGCCUCGUGAACCUGGUGACACUGGCGCUGAGCGAAAACUCGCUCACCAGUUUGCCUGACUCUCUCGAUAACUUGAAGAAACUGCGCAUGCUUGACCUGCGGCAUAACAAGCUUCGAGAAAUCCCCGCCGUGGUCUACAGGCUGCACUCGCUCGCCACGCUUUACCUACGCUUUAAUCGUAUAACUACUGUGGAAAAGGAUAUCAAAAACUUGUCAAAACUCACCAUGCUUAGCAUACGAGAGAACAAAAUCAAGCAACUACCUGCUGAAAUUGGUGAGUUGUGUAACCUCAUAACGCUGGAUGUAGCGCACAAUCAGCUCGAACAUCUUCCAGAGGAGAUUGGAAGUUGCACGCAGAUCACCAAUCUUGACUUGCAGCACAAUGAGCUCCUGGACCUGCCAGAAACCAUAGGAAAUCUGUCGAGUCUAAGCCGUCUUGGCCUAAGGUACAACAGGCUGUCGGCAAUUCCGAAGUCCUUAGCGAAGUGCAGUGAACUUGAUGAGCUGAACUUGGAGAACAACAACAUUUCUAGUCUACCUGAGGGUCUUUUAUCCAGCCUUGUCAAAUUGACUAGUUUAACACUGGCCAGGAACUGCUUCCAGUCCUACCCUGUGGGCGGCCCGUCCCAGUUCUCCACAAUCUACUCCCUCAACAUGGAGCACAACCGCAUCAAUAAAAUUCCCUUUGGAAUUUUCUCUAGAGCUAAAGUUUUAAGUAAGCUGAACAUGAAGGACAAUCAGCUGACCUCGCUCCCAUUGGACUUCGGGACUUGGACAAGCAUGGUGGAACUGAACCUAGCUACUAAUCAGCUCACAAAAAUCCCCGAGGACGUAUCUGGGCUUGUUUCUCUUGAGGUUCUUAUCUUGUCAAACAAUCUCCUAAAGAAACUUCCCCAUGGAAUUGGAAAUCUACGGAAACUCCGAGAGUUAGAUCUAGAGGAAAACAAACUGGAAUCCUUGCCAAAUGAGAUAGCUUACCUCAAGGAUCUGCAGAAAUUGGUUCUGACUAAUAAUCAGCUGACCACCCUUCCCAGAGGUAUUGGUCACCUUACCAAUCUAACGCACCUUGGGCUUGGAGAGAAUCUUCUCACACACCUUCCUGAGGAAAUUGGUACACUGGAGAAUCUGGAAGAACUGUAUUUGAAUGACAACCCCAACCUGCACAGCCUUCCCUUUGAGCUGGCGCUUUGCAGCAAACUGUCAAUAAUGAGCAUUGAGAACUGCCCGCUCAGCCACCUUCCACCUCAGAUUGUCGCGGGAGGACCCUCCUUCAUCAUCCAGUUCCUAAAAAUGCAGGGACCAUAUCGUGCCAUGGUCUGAUGCUAAUCGGAUUGUCCAAUACACUGUACAAAAUACAAACUGCAUUAAUGUUGUAAUUGUCUGUGUGUAUGUAUAUAUAAUAUAAUAUGUCAUCCAUAUUAUAUUAUAUAUAUAUAAAGUAUAUAAAUAAUAUAAAAAGGCAAAUUUAAGACUGCAUUAUGUGUUUCUGCUAAUAGAGGAAUCAUAGCCAUUUAGAUUUUUUUUUUUUAUUCUGUAAAAAUGCUUGUCUAAGUUUUCUUUGCUGAAUUUGAUGGAAGUUGUCUGAGUAAUCUGGAAUACCAGUUCAUUUAAAGCAAUUGCCAAUGAACUCAAAAUUUUAAAUUUAAGGGACAAAAGUAGUUUUGCUUAGAUUUACUUUCAGUUAAGAGAAAUGUAUAACCUUUAUAUAAUGAACUUUUCUGUUAUCCUCCCUCUUUUUUUUGUGUCAAAACCUGAAAGGGUGAUGUGUCCUGAGGUUGGGAUUUUCUUUUAACUUAUUUUGAGAUUUGAAGCAAAUGGUGUUUUUAUAUUGUUUACAGUCAGAGUAAAUCACUGGAGUUUGUUUUAUUUUGAUUUGCUCUGUUUUAAUCAUAUCUAGAAUUUAUAUGCCUCUGCUGAUGAAAAUUUUAUCAACCGAUUCGUGUACCACACUCAUCAGAACAACUAGCAGGUGAAAAAGAUGCAGUCAAAACAAAAGAAAAAGAAAGGAAAAAGGAGAGGAGGAAAAAAAAAAAAAAAAGCUUGAAUUCAUUUAAGUCUUGCUUCCCUGAGUUAUCAGUUGCAGGCGUAACAUAUCUGAACUGAGCCUUUUGCGGUUGGUCUUUUCUAGCACAAGUAAACCUUUUCAGAUUGGUAAAAAUGUGGAGUUAUUCUCAGUGAAGAGCAGUUUUCAUUUUGUGAAGUAAACAAUUCCAUGAGGUCUAACAGUACAGCUAAGUGGCAAGGAAAUAAUAUAUAUGUACAUUUUUAUUACAAUGUUGAGUCGUAAACUACCACGGGCAGUUUUAAGGAUUCCUUAUAGUUCUGUACAAUAAAUGAAUGUGUCUUACUUUUAAACACUGCAAUAUAUGUAAGUUUUAAGGUUGGUUAACAAUGUACUUCGGUUUUAUAUCUUGACUUGCCUUGUACCUCCUUCCAUUAUGGAACUUCUGUGUCCAAGCACAAUAUCUUCACACUGUGCUGUUUUGCUGCUGAACUAAAUGCACUUUUCCCCACAGCUGGGGCACUUGCUUCAAAAUAUUCAGUUCAGUAUCCUGAGUAUUCUUUUUUUUUUUUUUUUUUAACUUCAUCCUCUCUGUUUCAGUAUUAAACCGAUCUAUUAAAAAAGAGGCACCUUUUUCAUUUGUGCAUAGAUGUUGAUCGCUCAAGAGAAACACUGUAAGUAGUGGACAUUCAGUUUUAUCUUGACUUUUGUGGUUGCUUAAAAGGCCGAAGAUGCUUCAGGGACACGUACACUCUUGCUGCACUUGCAGGGCCAGGUGACCUCUCUGAGGAGGACAGAAGGUAUAAAGCAGUUGUGUUGCACCCGUGUCCUGAAGAGCUCUGCAGUUUGCUCUCAUUGCAGUUGCUGCUGGGGUAGUGCGACUUGGAGGACUGUGUGUUUUGAACAAAAUCCAAUCAUCUGAUGCCAUGAAAAAUCUCUUUCACGUGCAGAAGUUUGGGGUAUAAUAUUUCUGGCUUUCAGGCAUGCUUAAUUACAUAUGUAUUGCCUUGAUCUAGUUCUUUCCGGCAUUGUGGUCUGUUUUCUUACGUCUUUUCCUUAACAAGGAGUAAGUUUAAAUGGAAGGCAGGUGGAGAUAUAAAACUUUAGAGGGCUUAAACAUGCUGUAAAACUAUUGUAGAUGUCACUGGAUUUUACUCAGUAAUAUCCUUUUCUUUCUCUCUCACAUGCUGUCUUCCCCUCCCCAUCUACUGUAGCUUCCAGUUUAGACUUUCGUUUCGUUUAUAAAAUUUCUUACAGUUCUGUCUGAAGUUAGUCUUUCUCAACCUUGAGAUGUUGAAGUAUGAAGAUGCUGAAAUGUGUAGUUCCAAGACGGUAAUCUAACUUUUGAAUUUACUGCUAAACUCAUAUUUUGUUCCCUUAGGUCACUAGGGGAAACUGGUUUGAUUAAUGGUUCCUUAAAGCAAAGGUGGGAACCCCAUGUGUUUUACAUUAUCUUGGUCUUGUUCCAUGUCUGCUCCUCAUUCGCAUUUUUAUAAGAGUUGAUGGGAUGAAAAUUGUUAGUUUGUAAAUAUGUGGGUUAUUCACCUCAUUAAGGUACAUGGUUAAAGACUGUUUGAUUGGAGUGACACUCUCUCACAUAAAUCCUGGUGGAGAAGUUGGCUAUCAAAGUAGUGCUCGAUACACU